AUGAGGAGAUAUUUGCUACUAAGAAGUAUACCUUUGCCAUGGGUGCGCAGGAACACCUCACAAAAUGAGUCUAGUCCACUCAUACCAAAGGCAGGCUCUGCAAAGGAAGAUGCUGAGGAGCUUGCCCUUGUGACCACUGAGCUUCAUCAAGCAGGGACAAACAAUGGACAGGAGCAUGAUAGCCCUGUAUUCACAAGGGUCCAACCCUACUACAGUUUUUCCUUGACAGACUAUUUUCUUAAAUACUUCCUGUUCCUAACCAAUCUGGUGUUCACAGUUCUGGGCCUGUUGGUUAUUGGUGUAGGAAUGUGGGGCCUCAUCAGCAAAGAGUCAUUUGCCCAGGAGAAGAUUGGCAGUAUAGGCACUGACCCGAUGUUGAUACUUGUGACUCUGGGUAUUGUGCUGACUAUGCUGUGCCUGACAGGUUGCGUUGGCGCCUUAAGAGAGAACUGUUGCUUACUGAAGCUGUUCUCUGCAGUCGUGCUGGUACUCAUCACAGCCCAGGUGCUGGCCGCAAUUGUGGCUUACAGUCUACAAGAUCAGGUUGGUGGCGUCCUGCGGUCAGGGAUGUUAGCUGCCAUGGUGCGCUACCAGGAUGAUCUGGAUUUGAGGUUCAUCACAGACGAGAUUCAGUCAAAUCUGCAGUGCUGUGGAGCAGACAACUACCGUGACUGGGAAAUCAACAUAUAUUACAACUGCUCAGCUCCGGGUGUGCUGGCCUGCGGGGUUCCUGCCACAUGCUGCAUUGACCCUUUGGAGAACGGCACUGUGUGGAACUCUCAAUGUGGUGUAGGAGCCCAGCUGCUGGAUGAGUUUACUGCUCAGAGUGUGAUCUUCCUGGGUGGUUGUCUGGGAGGGAUCUCUCGCUGGAUCGAGCUGCAUGAAGGCCUGAUAGGGACAGUUAUCAUUGUUGUACUGGGGGUCCAGAUUCUGACUCUGUUUAUCACUACAAGGCUGCUAGAAAGCAUCCAGUGGCAUAAAGUGUAUAUAUAA